AUGCCCGAUGGCUCAUAUCCGUUGACAGGGAUCGACGUCCUCAUCGUCGGCACCGGGCUGGCGGGCCUCACCGCGGCCAUUGAGUGCGCUCGCAAGGGCCAUUCUGUGCGCAUCCUCGAGCGCAACGCCGAUAUCAACACGGCGGGGGACAUGUACUUCAUGGGCCUCAGCGCGACCAGGUUCUUCAAGCACUGGCCGGCUAUGGCAAAGCAGUACGAGGAAAUCUCGCUGCACGACGCCUGGAUGGAAACGUACAAGCAUGACGGCGAGCGCAUGGUUCCCGCACUCAAGGUCGCCGAUCGCCUCCGCGACGCCGGCCUUGACCCCGACACGCCCCCCGGCAAGUUUCAGAUGCGCCCGCUCGUGUACACCAUGUUCAUGCUCCAGGCUCAGAAGCUCGGCAUCAUGAUCAAGCACAGCACGCGGGUCGUCGGCUACUGGGAGAGCGAGAAGCGCGGGAGGGCCGGCGUGGUGACCGACACCGGCAAGCGAUACGAAGCGGACAUAGUCAUCGCCGCCGAUGGUGUCGGCUCCAAGAGCCAGAAACUUGUCGGGGGACAGGUGAGGGCAAUGAGGUCGGGCAGAGCGAUGUGGCGCGCUGCAUUCCCUGCCUCCUAUCUCGACAGUAACAAGGAGGUCGGGGAGUUCUUCAAGAUGCAUAAUGGCGAAACCGGAGAGGAGCCCAUCGUCCGUACCUGGCUAGGCCCUGGGACAUACGCCCUGACGCUCACCCGCCAUGAUACUUUUGUAUGGAUCAUGAACCACGAUGUGAGCGGAUCCGAAUCGGAAAGUUGGGAAAACACGGUCUCGGUGGAGGACGUGCUUGACAACAUGGACAAGGGCGUGGGGCCUCGGCCGUGGGCGUCCAUCUUCAAGCAGCUCGUGAAGCUGACGCCGCCCAAGACGAUCAUCAACUUUGAGCUGUUGUGGCGCAACCCGCAGCCGUCGUGGGCGUCUCCGGUGGGACGGGUGGUGCAGAUUGGGGACGCGGCGCACUCGUUCCUACCGGCGUCGGGCAACGGCGCCACGCAGGCGAUUGAGGACGCCGUGUCGCUGGCGAGCUGCCUGCAGCUUGGAGGCGACCGUGAGAAGGUGCCCGAGGCGGUACGCGCGCAUGUGCGCCUCCGGUUUGUCCGCACCGCCUGCGCCCAGAAGGUAGGCUUCGCCAACGCCGAGCUGCUCCAGGACACGGACUGGAGCAAGGUCAAGCUGGACCCGCGCCAGGCGCAGCCGAAGCUGCCGCGGUGGGUGUGGAGCCACGACCCGGAGGUGUACGCGUACGAGAACUACCACAAGGUGUUGGAGAGUAUGCGCAAUGGGGUUCCACUCGAGGAGGACGACAGCAUCCCGCCAAAUUAUCCCCCAGGGUACAAGUAUGAGGCGUGGAGCAUCGAGCAGAUCAUGGACGACAUGAGGAACGGGAGGCCCGUGGAUCUCGGUGCGGGUGACUGGAGCUGA